AUGGUAUCCACCCCGCACCUCCCUCCGCGUGCCCGGGGAAACCUGAGGACUCUUCCGGGCAGCAGCGUCAUCGGCGUCGCAUUCUUUCUUGAAGGUGCAGCUUGGUACGUGGCGGAUCGGAGCCUCGAUCCUCUAUUCGGCUACACCCAGUUGUUGAUUCCCGCAACCUUCCUGCUGCUUGCUUCUCAGAUCGACUACACCCAGUACAACUACACCGACCCAAUCUGCGCUCCCAACGACGACGACAACAGCCGGACCGGCACGGUGGGCUGCGUGGCCGUCGACGCCUCGGGCGGCCUCGCGUCGGCGACCUCCACGGGCGGGCUGGUGAACAAGAUGGCCGGCAGGAUCGGCGACACCCCGGUCAUCGGCGCCGGCACCUACGCCAACGCCCUCUGCGCCGUGUCCACCACGGGCAAGGGCGAGGACAUCAUAAGGCACACCAUGGCGCGCGACGUGGUGGCGGUGAUGGAGCACCGGGGCCUCUCGCUGGAGGAGGCCGCCGCGCGCGUCGUGGCCGGCGUGCCCCGGGGCUCCGUGGGGCUCGUGGCCGUGUCGGCCGCCGGGGAGGUCACCAUGCCCUACAACACCACGGGGAUGUUCAGGGCGUGCGCCACCGAGGACGGCUACUCCGAGGUUGCCAUAUGGCCUGCAUGAUCCUGACUGAGCUAGCGUUGGAGAAUCAACUGGCUGAUUAUGUGUGUCUGUCUUGUUUCUCUAGUGCCUGCUGCAGGUGCGGAUCUCUGCUUUGGUAGUUGCCACUACGAGGCAAAGAACUCCAUCAGUUUGAUGUUUCUGUUUCUGUUGUAAGGAUUUAGCUAAUUUGGUAUGAAAAUUAUUGAAAGUUUGUGUUA